CCCAGGAAUGGAACUGCAAAUCAAUAAUAAAAAAGCAGAAAUUCAAGAGCAAAUUAAGCUUUGAGCAACUAUAUUGUUUUUGCAGCAUCUAACUUACCUACUAUGUACUACUCUUACAUCUUAACUAUGCAAUUAAACACAGAGAAACAGAACCCUUUUUUUGAUUCUAUUCCCUUCCUCCGACCGCCGGAGGCUAUCAAAAAAGACAUAUAAUCAAACCUAAACAAAAAGAAAAUAAAAACUACUGUAGACGGAAUUAAUGAAAAAAGAAAUAACAAACCCAUAUAGAGGGGGGAAGAAAGAGGGGAGGGGGCAAAGUGGGAAAUGAAGGACAUUUAAAAAAAAACUAAUCUUCCGCUAUCGAAAUUAACAUCAAGUUCGCCGCCUUAGCCCUCGUCGUGAUAAGAAUUUUCCGGGUUCAGGUACUCGUUCAAAUCCGGUUUCUGCGAAAGCGACGGCUUUGCAUCGGUGGUUGUGGAGUAAGAGUGGUUGUCCUCGGCUUCGGAAGAUGAGGUGGGGUGUGGUAAAGGGCGGAGGAGGAGGUUUGGAGGGCGUCAACUUUGGCGCCAACCUUGGUGGCUUUCCUGUGGAUGUUGGCGGUGAAUACGUCGCCACCACGGACCUGGACCUCCUGGAAAAUCAAGUCGGGGAAGUUAAAGCGGGCCGAGGGCCCACAGAGGUAGUAGACGACGGUGUCGUAGGCACGCGCGGCGGCGACGGGCGUGGAGUGUCAAGCUCCAUGAGGAGAGAUGCAGAGAAGGAAGAAGAAGAUGAAAGGAAAUCCCCUGCUCUGCAACAGUCGACUGAAGAAAGAGGGAGAAUCCAACGCAACGUUUCACAUAAAGAAGAAAAAACAGAAACAAAUAGUAACAUAUUCUGUAUAUGAUUAUUUGUCUCUUUGUUAUUAGCUGUAGCUAGCAGUAGAAUGUCACUUGUCCCAUGUUAGAUGGAUGAGGCGGUUAUAGGUAGUUUGUCCUGUAGCUCUGUUUAUUUUAUAUAUAUCUCUGGAGCCUUAUUACAAUGGAAAUCAGAAAAUCAUUCCACAAAAUCUCACUACUCACAAUUAUUCUCAUGGUAUCAGAGCCUUUGGCUUACUUCACCUAGGGUUUUGUGACCUCCUAAAAAGUAGCAAUGGCGACCAAUCAAGAUGAUGCUUCUUCUACAACAACACGAGCUACCACUGGAGCCACAGAAGCGACGAAUGCAGCCCUUCACCAACAACGACAAGAAUUUGAUCCUUACUACGUAAACCCGAAUGAAAACCUGUCUCAAGG